AGCAAACCAUAAGAUAGAGGGAGUGGCGAGAAAGGGAAAGAGAGAAAAAGAGAGAGGCGAAGAGAUAGGGAGGAGGAGCCAGGACGAAGAGGAGAUCUGGCCGGAAAAAUUCCCUUUUUCCUGUGCUCUUGAAAGGAUCCCUCUAGAUUGACGCAUCUCUCCGUCGAGAGGGCACUGGAUCUGGAGUUUUUGGGUGGGGUGGGCUGCGAAGAGAAGAUCUGGUCGGGUGGAGGAAGAAAGGAUGACUGAUGAGGAGAGCCUGGUGGUCUGAUUGGAUGACAAGGAGAGAUGGAAAGGAAUCGUGAAGCGAGGAGAGGCACCAUGGCGGCGGCGGCGACAAACGGAGGUGGCGGAGGGUUGCCGAGGAGGAGGCAGCGGAACAGCAGCAGCUUUAGAGACUCUCCUGAAGAGGACGGAAGGAUGGAGAUGCCGGACACAUCAAGGUUGCGGGAUCGAGGGUCCAAGAAAGAUCGAGAUCGGGACAGAUCUAGUCGUAGCAGGAGGAGAAGAGGGGAGAGGAUGCUUCAUGGAAGCAACAGAGACAGAGAUGAAGGCGAUGAUAGCUCUGAGGAGAGUAUGGACCAGGACGAUGAGGAUGAAGAUGAGGGCAUGCCUGUUCCUGUGCGACUGCCGCCGUCUUCUCCUCCUCUGCCAAAUCCUGUGGCUGCUUCUUCACCGCAACAAAAUCAGCAGCAUAAUAACCACCACCACCACCACCAGCAGCCGCCCCGGAAGAGCUUUCCGCCAAAAGCGGUUAAGUGGAAGGCAGACGAGAUGAUCGGCGUCCCUGUACCAAGAAAAGCUCGCUCAGCGUCUACGAAGAGGGCACAUGAACCUCCAGUUACAGGAGGCGGCGGCGGUGGAGGCGGUGACCAUAUCAGUCAUCAGGCUUCCAUGUCGCCCUCAAGGCUAAGCCCUAUUUCCACCACCCAGCUUUCCCCAUCUUCUUCCAACGGUUCCCUUCGUAAAAAGAUGAAGCCGAUGACUGGAGCGAAACACCGGCCCCCAAAGUUCUCCAAAUCUCCAUCUUGCCAGGAUGAGAUCGAGAUUGAGGUCGCGGAGGUUUUGUUUGGGAUGACAAGGCAAUUCGACUCUCUUCCCAAGCAGGAUAGCUACAAAAUUGAUUCAAGGGAUAUAGAUGGUGGAUCGGGCAAUGAAGCUAAAUCUAGAGUUUCAUCUCCUAGCUCAGUGUCUCCGUCUCCGGCAGCAUAUUCAGCUGCGCUUCCUUCUUCCAAUUCAUGUUCUAAUCCUGCCUCGCUGCCCACAGUUGCUCCAAAGCGAAAGAGGCCAAGGCCCGUGAAAUUUGACGAAGAAACCCCCACGAGCCUAGUGGUCUUGCAUAAUUACUCGAGUUUAUCUGCACCUGUAGCCAAAGUGGAAUCCGAGAACCAGAUCAAGCCGGAAGUUUCAUCGCCAAAAUCAGAAAAGAACAUUGCAACUCCCGUCAAAAAUGGAGGUGCGCCACUUGUUACUUCGGUCUCUCAGUCUGGGCUCUCGGAUGUGCAACGGCAGGAGUCGGCGAAGGCUGAGAAGUGUAAGACUCAUGAUCAGCUUCCGACAGGCAGGUCGAAUUCGGGAGACAGGGUGGUGGAAACUAUAGAAGAUCUUGUUUCUCGUGCAAACGGAGACUCGGAUGUCAACCUCUUUGAAACUGCCGCUAAGAAAAAUGCGCCCGAGAGUCCUAAUGAGGAAAAGUUUAAGUUCGACCUUAUGGCUCCUCCUCCAGGAAAGCUAUCUCCAGAGAGGGAUGAUUUUAAUGUUUUUGACCGAGAUCACAAGCUACAUGUGCUGGAUAUUGAAAUGGCACCAAAAAUGAACACAGAUAAAGCAGAGGAAAAACCCGCAGAGAUUGCAGUGAUGAGAGAUGAACAUCAGACUGCGAAGUUUGGUGAGAAAGAUGCUGAUUUGAAGAAGCAAACAGUCAACAAGCAAGCCUUGGAUCUUCCAAUUGAUUUUGAGAAGCCUAAGAAGCAGGAUGUUAGCUUUGACAAAAUGGAAACUUCUAAGCAGCAAAGUAAAGAUCUUAGGCAAGAGCCUAAACAGGAGAAAUCUGGAUCAGCCUCCUCUCUACAUGUCCCUUUGACAGUUGGAAGUUGGCCAGGGGUCUUUCCUCCUUACGGAUACAUGGGUCAAGUUCCACCUUUGCAAGCCAGUGCUCCAAUAAAUGGAACGGCAGGUUCUUCCAGUUCCGUCCAGCCACCUGGUUUUCUCCAAGCACAUCCUCGUCCAAAGCGUUGUUCUACGCAUUGCUUCAUAGCACAGAUGAUAUCCAACUAUGAGAAGUUUGCAAGAAUGAAUAGUUUCUGGACUGCUGCAGCAGGAGCUGCACCAUUUUAUGGAGCUAAGCCUUGUAAUCAAAGUGUGGUUCCACCUUCUGAUAGUGCUCUUUCUGGACAUCAAAUGCAAGGAGCUUUCCUAGGUGCUAAUGCAGGCGCAUUGCCAGACACUAAAGGGACACCAGUAGCAGCUUUGUCAUUGCCAGGUAAUAGUGCAUCGCAGGAGAAGAUGCCACAAGCUAAUAAUACGCAUAUGGAAACUGCCCAGAGAAAGCAAGUCAUGCUUCAGCAAAUGCCCAAGUCUGGAUCAACAAGUAACAUGCCGCAUGGUCCUGCGUUUAUAUUCCCCAUAAACCAGGCACCUUUGCUACAGCCAGCUGCUGCGGCAUCUGGUGUUGGUAGAGUUGGGGCAGCGAAAUCAACUACUAGCGCUAAUGGUGAGAUACGGACAUCUGCAGCUAUUAGUUCUGCAGUGGGUAGCAGUGUAGCUGGUGGAUCAGCAACUCCGAUGAACUUGAGUUUCACUAAUAUGCUUCCAAAUGAUGCUCAGUACGUGGCUUUUCUGCAGAAUUAUGGAUACCCUUUUCCUAUUCCUGCCCAAUUCACGGGGGCUCCAUUUAGAGGAACAAGUAAUGCUCAAGCAAUGCCCUUUUUCUACCCUUCUCACAUGCUUCAUCCACAACAACUACGACCACAGCAGCAGCAACAAGCAGGUCCACUGCCUCAUGUUCAACAAACCCACCAAAAUUCAAGCACUCUGAGUGGGUCCUCACAUAAACAUUCACAGCAAAGCAUUAAUGAGUUUCCAGCCACUAAUCAGCGGCAAGAUCUCUUGUCCCAACAAGGUCAUCCUAAGGAGUGCAGCAAGGGUGUGGAUGAAAGUCUUACCUCUGCCGAUGGUACAAUGUCUCAAUCUCAGAAGAGAAUCUUAUGUCAAACAAUUUUUGAACCAAUUCAUCCUCAGAACUUUGCCUGUGUGCCUAAUGCAGCUGCUAUUCACGUGGCGGGUCAUGGUGAUAAGCAGCCAAUCUAUCAACAAGCACAACAUAAGCAGAACAUGAAGGCAGAAUUGGCACCUCAAACUUUUACAAUACCCUUUGCAUCCUAUGGUGGGGCUGUAAGUCCACCAACAGGUCUUGACUUCUCCUCCAUUGCUCAGAACCAUGCCAUUUUGCAAAGCCUUCCUGAAAGUUCUAGACAUGGUUACUACCAGAUGGCAUCAGCUCCAGUUGCUGCCACAGCUCAGGCUACAGAGCUGAAGAAGAAUAACCAUGUAUCAGAAGAUGGGAAAACUAUAGCUAGGCAGUCAAUGAACACAAAUAUUAAUGAUGAAGAGGACAGAAAGGACAUAGUGGCUAGCAAGGGUACUCAGCAUUCCUCCCUUUCCUUUGCUAAAACAGAUGUAGAUCCUGCCAUCACAACUGUUCUUGGUAACAGUAUAAAUGAUCUGUCAUCCCGACAAGUAAACCUCAUUCAACCUCUCACAAGUAGAUCAUUUGACCGUCCUGCAUGCGCUACUCCAGCUAGUACUUCUCUCUCAGCUACCACCAUUUCUACUAAUUCCCAUCAACAGCAACAUCAUCCAAUUCAUCUUCCAAAGCACCAGCAGCAACAACUGCAGAUGCAACACCAUCUUGCACCCUCCCGUUCAAAGCCUUCAAGCGCAGGCAGCAGUGUUGCGGUCCACCCUGAGAAUCUUUCUGGAGGAGCUACAAUUACUAUGUUCCCACAUGCCCUAACUGGGUUUCCUCAAGCACUUAUUCAAGGUGGGAGUUCCAUCCAGUGGCCUCAGGGCAAAUCAUCUACUGGAAGAGGUGCGGAUCCUGCUGGAGCGUCACCUGCUCCCGUAGUUAAGAACAACUUCCUCCAACUGCAAGGCAGAGCAUCCCAACAAUCGCUUCCUUCUCAGGGCCACCAAACUCAGAUAUCAUUUGGCAUUAAUGGAAAUAAACAGGGAGGACAACACCUUCCUGGGACAUGUGGCAGUCCAUCUGCAUCUUCUGCCACAGUGGCUGUUUUAUCACCCUCAAAUUCAGUCUCAAGGAGUGCUGGUGGCAGUCCCAGAGCAUCCUCAACUAUAAAACCUAGUUCUCAAACCUCUGCUAUUUUGCUUCCUCAGCAAACUGCUGUAAAGCAAUCCACAUCAAGCUCUAGUUCAAAAUCAAACAUGAGUAACUCUACCAUGCCAUCCAUUUUAGGGCAUCAUCAUCCACAGAAAAUUUCUGCUCCAAGUUCAGUCACUAAACAGCAGCAACAGCCUCAGCAACCAAAACAGCAAUCCUCUGAGGCUCAGCUCUUCUUCUCUAAUCCACAUAUGCAGCAGGUUCAAUGCGCUCAGUCCAAUGCUUCUGCUCAAUAUUAUCAUAAAAGACAAUCUGAACAAACAAGGCAAACUCAACAACAUCAACAACACAACUCAGUUUCAUCUACUACUAAUAUGCUUUCCCUUUGUGCUCCUUCAGCACUAGCACAGGCUGGUGUUCCUGCAACACCAGAUCCAACUAAGGCCAUGGCAGUGAACUCUCUGGCUGCGGCUAAUAAUUUGAAGGGUUUGCCACCAACUAGCUUCCUCAAUGCCGCUCAGCUAGCUGUAGCAGCUCACUCUGCCUCGGUUUCUCCUCGACCUCCAAUGUCUGCUACGUUCUCAUAUAUGUCUCUGCCGCCAUUUUCUGUGAAGUCUUCAGCUGAGCAGAAACCUACAGCCAGUAAAUGAACUGAUAAUUUGCAAGCCUGCUGGCAGCCUGAGAGCAACUUAGGCUGGAAGAACAAAUGAAGCUUGGGCAAUAUUGGCUGCAUCUGCUUUGAAAUCAAACAAGAGGACUCGGCUUUCCCAUUCUAAUGUCCUCUGCUUUAUCUAUGGAACUCAUGUUUGGAGAUUAAUUGAAGGGUACUGAAAUCUUUGGAAGAAGUGGCGGGGAAAAUGGCACUGAUUCAUAACCUUCGAGCAUUUUGGCAGUGUAUUAAAGGAGAACACAGAACAGUUUAGGGAAGACAAUGACUGUACAAAAGAUGCCCUCUUACGUUUGAUGUGGUCAAAUGCUAACCACCAUUGUCAACUGUUUCUUUUGUUUUAUUUUAGCUCAUCAAAAGGACUGAGAUAAUUAAAUUAAUAUCACAUUACUUGUAGUUCCUCAUCUUUUACAUAUGAAUAUCUGUUCUUUGUGCUGGAACACUUUUUGAUCCAUUAUGAAAAUUUUUGAUAUACUUCAUUUA